GCGCUGCACGCUGGGGGCCGCGAUGGCGGACGUCUCCGAGAGGACACUGCAGCUGUCCGUGCUGUUGGCCUUCGCCUCCGGAGUGCUCGUGGGCUGGCAGGCCAACCGGCUGCGGAGGCGCUAUCUGGACUGGAGGAAGCGGAGGCUGCAGGACAAGCUGGCGGUGACGCAGAAGAAGCUGGACCUGACCUGACGCCCCGCGCCCUCGGGCCCGGCCCCCUCGCCUCGCCCACGCGGGGUCUCGGCCGGCGCCGCGCCGGGCCCGCCUGCCUCCCUCCGCCUGCCGAGCCCGGCUCCUCCCGGAGUGUCGGUUGUCGAAGAUGCAUAUAGACCACUGGACAGAAAUGUUUUUCCUUGCACUUUAUGAAUCAAUUUUAUUUUUAAAAUAAAAAAAUUUUAAACAUC